CCAUCAGUAUUGCGAAGACUUUCCGUAGGUGCAUACCCACCUCGGAAGCCCCCUGUUGCCGCAGGAAGCAAGCCGACCACUGGAGGAUAAAAGGGGCUGGUGAGGAGCUGUGUCCUCACUCCACCUGCACAGCUCAGCACACCUCAGUCAUGAGGCUUCUCAUCCUGGCUAUCCUCGCCAUCUGCUGCCUCGGUGCCUACAUUGUGGAAGGUGUGGGGAGUGAAGUCCCGGACAGGAGUGUUUGUGUGAGCCUACAUACCCGGCCCCUGCCGGUUCAGAAAAUCAAGUCCUAUACCAUCAAGGAGGGCUCCAUGAAAGCUGUGAUUUUUAUUACCAAACGUGGCCUGAAAAUCUGUGCUGACCCACAAGCCAAGUGGGUGAAAUCAGCAGUUAGAAGUAUGGACAAGAAGUCCACAACCAGAAGAAACAUGGUCCAGACCGAGCCUACAGGAGCCCAACAAUCCACCAACACUGCUGUGACGCUGACCGGAUAGUGACCUUCCAGCAAAUUGUCCCUCUUGCCAGCGAGUCAGCUACCUUCCCUUUACCAGCUGAAGGACUAAUUAGAUUAUAUUCGCCUUUUAAGAAACUGUUGCAUGAAUCAAUUUUUUUGUAUUUUAUUUUUUAUGUCUUUCGCAUUCAUUUAGAUGCUGUAAUUAAUAAAUAUUUAUUAUUAAGAACAGCCUGUUAGGACAUUUCCAGAUAAACAAAAGUUCGGGAAAUUCGUAAAAACCAAAGCAAAUCUACAAGAAAUACCAAAGGGAGUUCUUUGGUUAGAAAAUCAAUAAUAUCAGGUAUCAAUUCAAGACUAGAACACUGGACAGAGCAAUCAGAUGUUACCCCAGACAGGGAAACCACAAAAAUAAAUCAAAACAUGAAAAAAUGCUCAAAACAGGGAAACAACAAUGUCAUCUUGUAAAAGAAGACAACAUUAAAAUAAUAAAGAGGGACUAAGAAAUGUAGUCAUAGAUCUUUCAUAUGGAGAGGAAGACAAGGCGAUAUAAAGAAAUAAAAGUUAGGUUUAAACUUAGAAAUAUAGGGGUAAAUAUUAGGGAAACCACAAAGGAGACUAACUAUCCUACUCAUCAAAAUAAAAUACAAGAAAAAAAAUAGAGACUCAGUAGAAACAAAAUCAACAACAAUGAAUAAGAGGAAAAGACAAUAUAAAAAGAUAAACCACUCACAAAAAAUUAAGUGGGAAAAAGAAACUGUCAACAGCACACACAAAAAAAGACACCAAAAUGACAAGACUAAACUCAUACCUAUCCAUAAUUACGCUGAAUGUAAAUGGACUAAAUGCACCAAUAAAAAGACAGAGUGGCAGAAUGGAUUAAAAAACACGAUCCAUCUACAUGCUGCCUACACGAAACACACUUUAGACUCAGAGACACAAAUAAACUAAAACUCAAAGGAUGGAAAAAAAUAUAUAUUAAGCAAACAACAAUCAAAAGAGUACAGGAGUGGGAAUAUUAACUUUUGACAAAAUAGACUUUAAAGUUAAAUCAACCACAAAGGAUAAGGAAGGACACUAUAUAAUGAUUAAAGUGGCAAUAUACCAGGAGGAUAUAUAACCAUAUUAAAUAUUUAUGUACCCAAUGACAGGGCUACAAGAUACAUAAAACAAACUCUAGCAGCAUUGAAAAGUGAGACAGUUCCAGAAUUAUAGUAGGAGACUUCAUCACACCACUUUCAGUGAAGGACAGGAAACCCAGAAAGAAGCUCAAUAAAGACACGGAAGAUCUGAAUACCACAAUCUACCAGCUUGACCUUACAGACAUAUACAGAACACUCCAACCAACAGCAGCCAAGUACACUUUCUUUUCUAGUGCACAUGGAACAUGCUCUAGAACAGACCACAUAUUAGGUCAUAAAGCAAGCCCUAGCAGAAUUCAAAACAUCAAAAUAUUACAAAGCGUCUUCUCUGACCAUCAGGCCAUAAAAGUAGAAAUCAAUAACAGAAAAAGCAGGGAAAAGAAGUCAAGCACUUAGAAACUGAACAAUACCCUGCUCAAAAAAGACUGGGUUAUAGAAGACAUUAAGGGUGGAAUAAAGAAAUUCAUAGAAUCCAAUGAGAACGAAAACACUUUCUAUCAGAACCUUUGGGACACAGUGAAAGCAGUGCUCAGAGGUCAAUUUAUUUCAAUAAAUGCACACAUCCAAAAAGAAGAAAGGGCCAAAAUAAUUAUCCCUACAACUUGAACAAAUAGAAAGAGAGCAACAAAAGAAACCAUCAGGCACCAGAAGAAAGGAAAUAAUAAAAAUUAGAGCAGAACUAAAUGAAAUAGAAAACAGAAACACAAUUGAGAGAGUUAACAAGACCAAAAUCUGGUUCUUUGAAAAAAUUAACAAAAUUGAUAAACCAUUAGUCAAAAUGACAAAAGAAAAACAGGAGAGGAAGCAAAUAACCCAAAUAAGAAAUGAGAUGGAUGAUAUUACAACAGACCCAACUGAAAUUAAAAGACUCAUAUCGGAUUACUACGAAAAAUUGUACUCUAACAAAUUUGAAAACCUAGAAGAAAUGGGUGAAUUCCUAGAAACACACUACUUACCUAACUAACACAAACAGAGAUAGAAUAACUAAAUAGACCCAUAACAAAAGAAGAGAUUGAAAGGUAAUCAAAAAACUCCCUACAAAAAAAGCUCUGGCCCAAGGCUUCACUGCAGAGUUCUAUCAAACUUUCAGAGAAGAGUUAACACCACUACUACUAAGGGUAUUUCAGAGCAUAGAAAAGGACAUAAUACUCUCAAACUCAUUCUAUGAAGCUAGCAUAUCCCUGAUACCAAAACCAGGUAAAGACUCCACAAAAAAAGAAAAUUACAGACCUAUAUCCCUCAUUAACUUAGAUGCAAAAAU